GGGUUUUUAAGCUGCAGUGGUUCUGGGUUUAGGUCCGGGUGGGCCUUUUUCACACCAGGUCGUGCUGUGGAUCGGUGAUUGGUUGACCUCCAAUUCGUUUUGGCGCGCUGUUCAGGGCUUUCCGUUGGGUUGUGCUGGCAAGAUGGCCGUCCCCUCCACUGUGGUUCCAGAGACAUCCUAACAUUCCAACCUCUUAUUGGUGAUAAUGGGCGACGGAUCUGAUCUGGCUGCUUCCUGCGGGUGUAAGGGCGACGUCAUGGUAUGUGGGGUCUGAGGUUGGAAUGCGGGAAUAUGGCCGGACCACUAUCUGGUGAAAUGCACCUGGGAAACUUCAUGAAUUCGUUUCCAUACAAAACGGAGAAAACAAGAAUCGUGAAUAUGACUGGGAAGUGACAGUCGCCCAUCUUUCGCGCCCAGAGAACUGUCCUCGGGAUCUACAGAGAGAUAAAAUUGAGUACUGCAGAAAUACUGUGAUUCGCCCAAGGAGCCAUACCUGUUUUCUUCCGGCAGGAGUGCCUGUGUCCCCUUGGCCAGUGGUUGAUUUCAGUGUUGCUAGUGAAGCAGUUUGAGGACCUUGGCAAAGACGAGAGUUAGCAGUUCUGGAUCUUUAAAGUGCAAGGUGGUCAUACAUUGAACUGUUUUGCCUUUGCCCCAGAAGACAGCUCACCUUCAACCCUUGCCCUGAAUUGACCUCCCUCACUUUGCUUCAAGACCUGGAGUGAUGUGUUCCCACCCCAGAACACUUUUCAUCCUGUGAGGCCUGAAACAUGACCACCAGUAGCCACGCAUGUCCUGUCCCGGCAGUGAAUGGACACAUGACUCACUAUCCAGCCGCACCCUACCCGUUACUCUUUCCACCGGUCAUCGGGGGACUUUCCCUGCCUCCCCUCCAUGGCCUUCAUGGUCACCCUCCGCCAAGUGGGUGCAGCACCCCAUCACCUGCAACGAUUGAAACGCAAAGCACGAGCUCCGAGGAACUGGUCCCCAGCCCUCCGUCUCCGCUUCCUCCCCCUCGUGUGUACAAACCGUGCUUCGUCUGCCAGGACAAAUCAUCCGGGUACCACUAUGGGGUCAGCGCCUGCGAGGGCUGCAAGGGGUUUUUCCGCAGAAGUAUUCAGAAGAACAUGAUUUACACUUGUCACCGAGAUAAGAACUGUGUUAUUAAUAAAGUCACCAGGAAUCGAUGCCAGUACUGCCGACUCCAGAAGUGCUUUGAAGUGGGAAUGUCCAAAGAAUCUGUCAGGAAUGAUAGGAACAAGAAAAAGAAGGAGCCUUCGAAGCAGGAAUGCACGGAAAGCUAUGAGAUGACGGCUGAGCUGGACGAUCUCACAGAGAAGAUCCGAAAAGCUCACCAGGAAACCUUCCCGUCACUCUGCCAGCUGGGUAAAUACACCACGAACUCCAGUGCUGACCAUCGAGUCCGACUGGACCUGGGCCUCUGGGACAAAUUCAGUGAAUUGGCCACCAAGUGCAUUAUUAAGAUUGUGGAGUUUGCUAAACGUCUGCCCGGCUUCACCGGCUUGACCAUUGCAGACCAAAUCACCCUGCUGAAGGCCGCCUGCCUGGACAUUCUGAUUCUUAGAAUUUGCACCAGGUAUACCCCAGAACAAGACACCAUGACUUUUUCAGAUGGCCUUACCCUAAAUCGAACUCAGAUGCACAAUGCUGGAUUUGGUCCUCUGACUGACCUUGUGUUCACCUUUGCCAACCAGCUCCUGCCUUUGGAAAUGGAUGACACAGAAACAGGCCUUCUUAGUGCCAUCUGCUUAAUCUGUGGAGACCGCCAGGACCUUGAGGAACCAACAAAAGUAGAUAAGCUACAAGAACCACUGCUGGAAGCACUAAAAAUUUAUAUCCGAAAGAGACGACCCAGCAAGCCUCACAUGUUUCCAAAGAUCUUAAUGAAAAUCACAGAUCUCCGCAGCAUCAGUGCGAAAGGUGCAGAACGUGUAAUUACCUUGAAAAUGGAAAUUCCUGGAUCAAUGCCACCUCUCAUUCAGGAAAUGCUGGAGAAUUCUGAAGGACAUGAACCCUUGACCCCCAGUUCGAGCGGGAACCCAGCGGAGCACAGUCCCAGCAUCUCACCCAGCUCGGUGGAAAACAGCGGGGUCAGUCAGUCACCACUGGUGCAAUAAGACACUUUCCAGCCACUUCAAACAUUCCCCAGUACCUUCAGUUCCAGGAUUUAAACCGCAAGAAAGAAACAUUUUUACUGCUGCUUAGUUUUCAGACUGAAAAUAUAUUAAAACUCAAGAAGGACCAAGAAGUUUUCAUAUGUAUCAAUAUUUACUCCUCACUGUCUAACUUACCUAGAAAUACAAACUUUUUAAAUUCUAAAACUCAGCCAUUUCGUGCAACCAGAAACUAGUUAAAAGCUUCUAUUUUCCUCUUUGAACACUCAAGAUUGCAUGGCAAAGACCCAGUCGAAAUGAUUUACCCCGGUUAAGUUUCUGAAGACUUUGUACAUACAGAAGUAUGGCUCUGUUCUUUCUAUACUGUAUGUUUGGUGCUUUCCUUUUGCCUUGCAUACUCAACCAAGACACCGAGGUUGCGGAACAGACUACUGCACGCGUCCAGCUAAGAGAGGCUCAAAAAAAUAACUUGCUUUCACAGAGUAAUCAGGACACCAAGGUAAGGAAAGGGGACUGUUGUAUAGUAUGACAAAGCUAGAGAGAAGUCUAAUUUAGUUAGUACGGAAGCUUGUCCUUGCUCUUUCUGACGCUCUCAAACUGCGUCUUCUAUUUCAUGUUGCCCAGUAAAGAUACAAAUUCACUGCACUAGCAGAAGAGAAUUCUGUAUCGGUGUAACUGCCAGUUCAGUUAAUCAGAUGUCAUUUGUUCAACUGUUAAUGUCACUUUAAGAGUGGUUUAUCUUAAUGACAUAACUACACAAUUUUUUUUUAAAGAUACAUUUUUACAGUAAUGGUAGCCUCCAAGGCAGAAACACUUUUCAGUGUUAAUAAGUUUUUGUUUACCUGUUCACAAGCCAUUAGGGAAAUUUCAUGGGAUAAUUACAGACUGGUCUACCACCUACACCGUGUAACUCCAGUGUCCUUCCUCAUUCAUGCCUGGUAUUGAGGGUUUUUUUUUUUUUCCUAGCCUCCUUGAUGCCCGGGGGCUAGUAUGAACCCCUAAAGGCAUGGACAGAGAAUCUGCAUCCUUUGACCUUGUUCAAUCACUAUGAAGCAGAGUGAAAGCUGUGGUAGAGUGGUUAACAGAUACAAGUGUCAGUUUCUUAGUUCUCAUUUAAGCACUAGUGGAUUUUUUUUUUUUUUUUUUUUUGAUAUAUUAGCAAGUCUGUGAUGUACUUUCACUGGCUCUGUUUGUACAUUGAGAUUGUUUAACAAUGCUUUCUAUGUUCAUAUACUGUUUACCUUUUUCCAUGGAGUCUCCUGGCAAAGAAUAAAAUAUAUUUAUUUUAA